ACUUCUUCAUGCAGAACCCAAAGACGACCGAAUUAUGGCCGUAGCGAAACCCAUACGGGCUUUGGCGUUUGCUUCGUUUAUGAUAUGUAUUUUUUUGUUUUAUCAGAUUUAUGAGGUCGGCGUACAGCCGCAGAAGGGUCCAGGAGAUGUUGUUACCUCAUAUGGAGGGGACCCUAUGAAUGAACCUGUUGGAGAACCAUCAGGUGUGUUGAAGCGAGAGAUGGAAGGCUACGCGCCAGGCCCUGCUGGGACAGCUCGGAUCAAUGCGACCUUACUUGCGCUGGUUCGGAAUGAAGAAGUUAAGGGGAUGGUACAAGCAAUGCGAGACCUGGAAAGGACGUGGAACCACAAGUUCAACUACCCAUGGACCUUUUUCAACGAUGUCCCCUUCACCGAUGAAUUUAAGGAACUUACCUCUGCGGAAACGAAUGCUGAAUGCCAUUAUGAACUCAUACCGAAAGAACACUGGGAGGUGCCUUCCUGGGUCAAUGGCGACCUAUUUCACGAAUCCACGAGGCUUCUUGCUGAACAAGACAUCCAAUACGGCGAGCAGGUCUCUUACCACCAAAUGUGUCGCUGGAACUCCGGACUCUUCUACAAACACCCAGCUUUGGCGAAUACUCGGUACUACUGGCGUGUUGAACCUAAUGUCCAUUUCUUCUGCGAUGUGGACUACGACGUCUUCGCCUACAUGCAAGACAAUAAUAAGACUUAUGGCUUCACCAUCAACCUAUACGACGCUCCACAAUCGAUUCCGAGCCUGUGGCCAGAGACAAUAAAGUUUCUCGCCGAGCACCCAGAAUAUGUACAUGAUAAUAACGCCAUGGAGUGGUUGACGGAUAGCCAGAGAAGGCCAGAGCAUAACAAGCAGGCGAAUGGGUACUCGACCUGCCAUUUUUGGAGCAACUUCGAAGUCGCAGAUAUGGACUUCUGGCGAAGCCAGGCAUACGAAGAUUACUUCAACCACCUUGACCGGGCAGGAGGGUUCUUCUAUGAGAGAUGGGGAGAUGCGCCUGUACACAGCGUCGCUAUUGGGCUCUUUGAGGAUUCGAGCAAGGUCCAUUGGUUCCGUGAUAUCGGCUACCAACACAUCCCCUUCUUCAAUUGCCCCAAUUCUCCAAAGUGCACUGGCUGCGUCACUGGGCGCCUCACAGACGGUGACUCAUGGCUCCAUCAGGAAGACUGCAGACCCAAUUGGUUCAAAUACGUGGGGAUGGGUUGAAUGCAUUUCCCUCGUAAUCAAACAGCCUUUGACGACCCUGUGGUGCCUCGUCUUCUACCACCCUGUAUAUGGUUGAGUGUACAUAUGGCGAUGACGAAUUGUUUGCUUGAGCUACAGUAUAUACUUCCUAGCGAAUAGCUGGAGCUGGCGUUGCGUUGUUUUUGGGGGUUUCCUGCCUGGAUCAUGGCCCCAGGGAGUUAAUGUAUUAUAGAUGAUACCUUUCACAUCUGGAACCUAGUGUAUAGGUAUCAGAGGUACGACCCGGCAAUGGGAGUGAAGGCCAACCGGGCUUGGAUUAUGAAUAAUGAGUUGAUGAAUUAGAACAGAAAAUAUUC